CCCCUUGCCAGAUCCCCAGGCAUAUCAACACCCUCCUGCCAACACACAUCGCCUUGCGAUAGACAUGCCAACCGAACCCAUCGACAAGCAGACCGUACUCGCGGUUGAUCCAUGGCUCACAGAGCAUGCAGACCAGAUCGUGCAUCGUCAUGAUCUCUUCAGGAAAUGGAAGCAGACCAUUGACGACAUCGAGGGAGGGUAUGAGAAGUUUUCUCUGGGCUACCGCAAGAUGGGCAUCAAUGUCGCUGAAGACGGCACCGUCACCUACCGCGAGUGGGCCCCGAACGCCAAGGAAGCGGUCUUUAUCGGCGAGUUCAAUAACUGGAACAGGAUAUCGCACCCAAUGACCAAGGACAAGUAUGGCGUCUGGGAAAUCACCGUUCCUCCGAAGGAUGGUAAAUGCGUCAUCCCCCACGACUCAAAGAUCAAGAUCUCCAUGAUUGUCAACAGUGGAGAGCGCAUUGAACGCAUCCCUGCCUGGAUACAGCGCGUCACCCAGGAUUUGACAGUAUCACCAGUGUACGAGGCGCGAUUCUGGAACCCUCCUCUCGAAGAGCGAUAUACUUUCAAGCACCCUCGUCCACCAGCUCCGAGAAGCUUACGCAUUUACGAAGCCCAUGUCGGCAUCUCGACCACCGAGCAUCGCGUUGGCACGUACAAGGAAUUCACUCAGAACAUCCUUCCACGUAUUAAGGACCUGGGUUAUAACACGAUACAGUUGAUGGCAGUCAUGGAGCAUGCUUACUACGCGUCCUUCGGAUACCAGGUCACGAGCUUCUUUGCUGCGAGCUCUCGCUACGGAACUCCCGAGGAGCUGAAAGAGCUCAUUGAUACUGCGCAUAGCAUGGGUAUCACUGUUCUUCUCGAUAUCGUACACUCCCAUGCUUGCAAGAACGUUCUGGAUGGGAUUAACCUCUUCGACGGUUCAGAUCACCUGUACUUCCAUGAGGGCAGUCGUGGACGCCACGAGCUCUGGGACAGUCGGCUCUUCAACUACGGGCAUCACGAGGUUCUCCGUUUCCUACUAAGCAACCUGCGUUUCUGGAUUGAGGAGUACCAUUUCGACGGUUUCCGGUUCGACGGUGUUACCAGCAUGAUGUACCACCACCACGGGAUUGGCACCGGCUUUUCGGGAGGUUAUCACGAGUACUUCGGUCCUUCCGCGGACCUGGAGGCUAUAGUUUACCUUAUGCUGGCCAACGACGCGAUGCACACGCUCUACCCUGGAGCAAUCACAAUCGCCGAGGAUGUUUCGGGCAUGCCCCUCCUGUGCGUCCCUGUUUCCAAAGGCGGUGUCGGUUUCGACUACCGACUGUCGAUGGCCAUCCCCGACAUGUGGAUCAAGCUGCUCAAGCACAAGCGUGACGAUGAGUGGGAGAUGGGCAACAUCGUGCACACUCUCACCAACCGCCGCUACGGUGAGAAGAGCAUCGCGUACGCGGAGAGUCACGAUCAAGCUCUAGUCGGCGACAAGACGCUUGCGUUUUGGUUGAUGGACAAGGAGAUGUACACGAACAUGUCGGACAUAUCGGAGUACACGCCCGUUAUUGCAAGGGGUAUCGCGCUGCACAAGAUGAUUCGUUUACUUGUUCACUCUCUUGGUGGCGAGGGUUACCUCAACUUCGAGGGUAACGAGUUUGGACACCCUGAGUGGCUGGACUUUCCUCGUCAAGGGAACAACAACUCUUUCCAGUACGCCCGCCGACAGUGGAACAUCGUGGACGACCCCCUUCUCCGGUAUAAGUAUUUGAACGAAUUCGAUAAGGUGAUGAACCACACCGAGGAAUUAUACGGCUGGCUUCAUGCCCCGCCCGCAUACGUCUCCCUCAAGCAUGAGGUCGAUAAGGUGAUCGUGUACGAGCGCGCGGGCCUGCUCUUCGUGUUCAACUUCCACCCGACUAAUUCGUUCACCGACUACCGCGUCGGCGUCGAGGAGCCAGGCGACUACGAGAUCGUCCUGAGCAGCGACGAGAAGCGCUUUGGCGGAUUUGAGAACGUGCUUCCGGGCGGCACCUUCCCUACGACGCCGCUGGAGUGGAACGGCAGGAAGAACUGGACGCAGGUGUAUAUCCCGUCGCGUACUUGCAUCGUCCUGGCCAAGAAGUAAUUGCGCGGUGUCGGCGUCUAUUACUUGGGGCCUGCCUGAAUGGACUGUCAGAAUGCUAUGGAGGACUCGCUGGAUUGUAGACUCAGAUGCUGAAGUUGAACGCAAUGCGAUUCCGUAACUUGUACAGUAGCCGAAUCCUGCUUUGUGAUGAUUGCUCGCGCGUUUUCCUCUUUUACAUUACAUGCCAUUCGACGGUCGCUGGGUAUGACUUCCUGUCUUCG